AGGUGCGCUCCCCCUCCCCCUCCGCCUGCUGUCCUGGCGGUGCCUGGUCUCGCCUGCGCUCCCCACCGAAGGUGCCCGGCUAACACACCUCUGAGAAGCAGGAGCGGCCGCUCCCGUAGUCCAGCCCAGUGAGUGCCCGCGCCCGCGGAGCCGGCUGUCCACUGGGAGCGUCUCCUUGGGGGGCUGGAGCUGUGCGAGGGGCUAUUCCCCCCCCCCCGGGCUACAGCUGGGAACACACCGAGAGCGAGCGGAGCCAAGCGGUAGCCCCUCGCCUCGCUCUGUAUCGGGUGAGCGUCCGGCCGCAUUCACUCGUCCCGCUGCACCUGGUACCUGCUCGGAUCAUGGCAGCUAAGCUGCUGGUGCUGCUCUUCCUCCUGGCGGUGUUUCAAGCCUGCUCCAGAAAGGUUGAAGAGGAUGAAUAUGAAGAUGUAACAGGCAACCAGAAAUGGGUAUUAGCUCCAAAAACGCAAGACACAGAUGCGACUCUCAUAUUAAACAAGUUGCUGAGGGAAUAUGACAAAAAGCUACGGCCAGACAUUGGAAUAAAACCAACAGUUAUUGAUGUUGACAUUUAUGUUAACAGCAUUGGCCCAGUGUCAUCAAUAAAUAUGGAAUACCAAAUUGAUAUAUUUUUUGCUCAGACAUGGACAGACAGCCGCCUUCGUUUCAACAGCACCAUGAAAAUACUGACUCUAAACAGCAAUAUGGUUGGAUUGAUAUGGAUACCAGACACUAUCUUCCGAAAUUCUAAAACAGCAGAAGCUCAUUGGAUCACUACACCCAAUCAGCUUCUGAGAAUAUGGAAUGAUGGGAAAAUCUUGUAUACUUUAAGGCUCACCAUCAAUGCAGAAUGCCAGCUGCAGCUACAUAAUUUCCCAAUGGAUGAACAUUCUUGCCCGUUGAUAUUCUCUAGUUAUGGCUAUCCUAAAGAAGAAAUGAUUUACAGGUGGAGGAAAAACUCAGUAGAGGCUGCAGACCAGAAAUCUUGGAGACUCUAUCAGUUUGACUUCAUGGGUCUCAGAAAUACUUCAGAAAUUGUGAAAACCUCUGCAGGUGAUUACAUAGUCAUGACUAUAUACUUUGAUUUAAGUAGAAGAAUGGGAUACUUCACUAUUCAAACAUACAUACCCUGCAUCUUAACAGUUGUGUUAUCCUGGGUAUCAUUCUGGAUUAAAAAAGAUGCCACACCAGCAAGAACAGCACUAGGUAUUACCACUGUAUUGACCAUGACAACAUUGAGUACCAUUGCAAGAAAGUCUUUACCCCGUGUCUCCUACGUCACUGCCAUGGAUCUGUUUGUGACUGUAUGCUUUUUAUUUGUCUUUGCUGCUCUGAUGGAGUAUGCAACCCUCAACUACUACUCAAGCUGCAAGAAGCCAAACUGUACCAAGAAGAAAAAGUCGCUACCUGAUGUCAGUUUUGGUCACAUGAUGAACUAUUCUGUACUUGAUAUAAGACCGCCGCCUACAGUCAUCACAUUGAACAAUGCCAUGUACUGGCAAGAAUUUGAAGACACUUGUGUCUAUGAGUGUCUGGAUGGGAAAGACUGCCAGAGCUUUUUCUGCUGUUAUGAAGAAUGUAAAUCUGGCUCAUGGAGGAGAGGACGGAUUCACAUAGACAUCUUAGAACUGGACUCCUAUUCCAGGGUCUUUUUUCCAACAUCAUUCCUGCUGUUUAACUUGGUGUACUGGGUUGGAUACCUCUAUCUUUAAGUGUUGCCAUUAGUGGUGAAGAUGACUGUGUUUUCACACUUCUUGGGAUAGUGAACAUGAAAAAGUGAAGGAGGACAUGGUCAAUUUCAUCUCAAAUUAUAGAGGCCACGUUACCUUUUAUCAUCACAGAAAUCAAUGAAGAAUUUUAAUACGUAGUUGCCUGAAAAAGAAAAACCUUGAAGAAUUCCCCUGACUGCUAUUCAUUUUAAAUACAAGAUUCUUACUAAAUUCAGCUGAAUUUGUAGUGUAAACAAUGUUUAUUAAUAAUUCUAAUAUAAUGGAACCUUUACUGUUCUCCCUUGGCAUUGAAAGCUAGACAGCAUUCAAGCAAGAAACAGAGGUCAAACAUUUGAUAUGGGUUCUUCACUCUUACGUCCCUUUCAAAGUUUCUCCCAUUCCCUAGGGCUCAAGGCAACACCCACUGGUGCUGGUUAGCCAUGAUGCAACUGGAGAUGUCUAAAUCCAGACCAAUCCAAGCCACCUUCUUUUAUUGAGACCUAUUCCACAGUUGCUGGGAGAUUUUGUCUUGGUUAUCUCUGCAUGGGAGAAUCACCAUAAAAUAAAGACAGUUGCUCUGGUCCCAUAAAGUCAUGUAAGGUCUCUUCUGCUGCAAAGCUAUGGGAUUCAUAGGCUUAGCCCCUUCCUGCACACAUUAAUUUUAAUUUGAGGUGAAAAAGUUGAUUUACAAGAAUGCUCAGAAUUUGAUAAAGUCAGAGACACUGCCUAUAUCUGAAGUAGCUGCAAAUAUUACUUGUAGAGCAUUUCAGAGCUUUUAAAAAAAAUAACUGAUCAAACAUAGCAGGAUGGUACAUGAUUUCUGGAAUAGAUUUACUUGCAACUGGACAAGACUUCUGCUUGUUUGUGAUAUUGUAGCAGACUAUAGUUGAUAGGACAUAUGUAAGAUUCACUACUUAUUAGCACAAAGGGUAUGUCAUUUUUGCAGGUUGCAAUUUAAUGCAAAGUUCAUCCAUGCAUUUUUCUUCCUCUCCCUUCCCCCCUUAAGUGUUUUUACAGAGUGGAGAAAAAUAAAGGUAUUAUGUUCCUAUAGAGCUAAAUCUUGAAGUCCUUAAUUACAGAAGAUUCCUGUUGAAGGCAAUGGGACUUGUCUGAGUUAAGGACUGAAAAAUUUUGACCUAUAUAGUUCAGUAUAGAGUUUGCGUGCAUCAACAUUGGAUUUAAAUCAAAACAGAUAUUGGAUACAAAAAGACUAGGGGAUUUUUUUUAAAAACAAACAAAUAGAUUUUAACUUGGAAAAGCAUUUUGUAUUUUUGGAACACGUUUCACAAAUUAAAUUAUUGAGAAUUGUCCAUUUUGCAACAUUUUCAAUAUUUCUAGAGUGUUAAGAAACUCUUACUUUUCAGCAAACCCUCGGUAAAUAUGAUUAAGCCAACAGAACUCACAUUCUGUACCAAAUAGCAAUGAGUUUUCAGUGCUCUUUGUUUGAAAACUAGCCACAUAAAGUAAUGAGUGUAUUAGAUUGUUAGAUUAAAAUGUGGA